AUGGAGGGGAAAUCUGCGGACAUGUUCUCAAAUUCGAGACUCAUUGUGGGACAGGUAAAUGGAGACAUGGAGGCAAAGGACGAAAGAAUGCAAAAGUACCUAGUUCAAGUUAAGCACCUACAGACCCAUUUUCGUCACUUCCGCUUGACGCACGUACCCAGAAGUGGGAACACUCAUGCUGAUUCUCUCGCGACGUUGGCUACCUCCUCGACUCAACCCCUUCCUCAAGUCAUUUUGGUAGAAGAGCUCAUCCGUCCAUUAACGGAGAAGGCCAACGGGAUUGGAGUACAUAACGUCAAGACAAGACCGAGCUGGAUGGAUCCUCUAGUGCUGUACUUAAAGCACGACACAUUGCCAGAUGAUAAGGUUGAGGCUGACAAAAUCAGGAGAAAAGCUACUCGAUUUUGGUUAUCGAAGGACUCCAAGCUUUACAGACACCCGUUCUCGGGGCCGUAUUUACUGUGUGUGCACCCAGAGGCUACUGAACUCAUCCUGGAAGAGUUACACGAAGGAAUUUGCGGAAGUCACACGGGGGGUAGGUCUUUGUCUCACAGGGCCUUAACGCUGGGUUAUUGGUGGCCGAGCAUGCAUAAAGAAGCCCUGGAGUAUGUGAAGAAGUGCGACCAAUGUCAGAGAUUCGCCUCGAACAUAUACCAGCCUGGUGGAGAGCUGAACCCAUUGUCCAGUCCCUGGCCAUUUGCGCAAUGGGGCCUAGAUAUACUUGGUUUGUUCCCCAAGGCAACAGGGAACAGAAGAUUUCUUCUCGUCGACACCGACUACUUCACCAAAUGGUUUGACAGCAAAGCCUUCAGAAGGUACUGCAGUGAGCUGGGAAUUGUUAACCGGUACUCCACACCAGCUUACCCACAGGGUAAUGGACAAGCAAAAGCCGUCAAUAAAACCAUAGUGAAUGGAUUGAAAAAGAGACUAGAUAACGCGAAAGGAAGAUGGGUUGUGGAGCUAGCCCAUGUCUUGUGGACAUAUCGCACCACACCUCAAAGGUCCACAGGGGAAACCCCUUUUUCAAUGACCUAUAGAGCCGAGGCUGUCAUUCCACUAGAAGUGAACUUCCCAACACAGAGGACUACCGCCUUCUGCCCCACUGCCAAUGACAAACUUCUGGAAAAGAGCUUGGACCUCAUUGACGAAAGAAGGGAAGGCGUGAUGGUCCAUUUGGCUUACUAUCAGCAGAAGCUCAAGCAAAGUUACGACGCCAAGGUAAAAUCCAGACCAUUGGCGCCAGGGGAUCUGGUACUGAGGAAGGUCCUAGGCAUCGCGAGGAACCCUGCAUGGGGAAAGCUCGGACCAAACUAG